AUGGAAAUUGCAGGAUCUUUUCUGGAUGAAGAAUGGGAAUCUCUAAGCCAAAUAUUUUCAAGCGGCGGCGAAAAUCUUGAUUUCUUUCCCGGCGGCGGUGAGACUCCAUCGCCCUCAUUUCUCCACUCCGAUCAAGCCAACUUCUGCUCCAUCUCUCAAGAAAGCAGCAACAUUACCGAAUUCGACGAAGCCCUUUUCCUCAACAUUCAUCAUCAGCCUCCUCUCAAUGCUGCUUAUAAUCAUCAUGAUACUAACUCAUUCGAAUCCAUCAUCAUGAAUUUUCACAACAAUGCCGGUUUCGUGGAAGAGUUUCAACGUUCCAAUGGCCAAAAUCCGCCUUUGGAAACUGUCGAUUCGUCUUGCCAGAUGAAGAGGAAGUCCGAGGAUUUCCCGCCACAAAAUCCUAAGAAAAAACCAAGAAAUAAAAAUAAAAAAGUGCAGGCAAAAAAAGGGAAGAAAAUGAUGCAAGAAAAGAAUAAUGGCGAAGAAAUGAAUGGCUACACCUCUGAAGAUGACUCAAAUGCUUCUCAAGAACUUGUCAAUGAAGAAAUUAAGAACUCGAACACGAACACUAAAGGCAGAGCUAGUAGAGGAUCUGCAACUGAUCCUCAAAGCCUCUAUGCAAGGAGAAGAAGAGAGAGAAUCAAUGAGAGAUUGAAGAUCUUGCAGAAUCUUGUUCCCAAUGGAACAAAGGUUGACAUUAGCACAAUGUUGGAAGAAGCUGUGCAAUAUGUCAAGUUUUUGCAGCUUCAAAUUAAGUUGCUGAGCUCUGAUAAUAUGUGGAUGUAUGCUCCACUUGCUUACAAUGGAAUGGACAUGGGCAUUUAUGAGAAGCUUUGUUCAAAUCUGAGGCAAUAG